AUGAGAGAUAUUUGGAUCGGUGGUGCUAUACGGCACGGAGGCUCCGACUUACCUCCGUCGUCAAAGCACCACCGUACACGGAGCCAUCUACGCGUCGGAUCCACCACCACCUCCGCCGACGAAGAAAUCAGCAUCACAUUCAGCGGGAAGCUCAGCAGUUUCAGCGGAAACCUCGGAAACCAUGGAAGCUCAAGGAGGAUGAAAGGCCUCUUCAAGCAAAAGCCUCGCACUCCCGGCGAGAUCGUCCGCCAGACUCGCGACCUCUUCGCGUUAUCCGAAUCUGAAGACGAAAUCGACGUCACCAGAAUCUCCCGGCGGCUAGGGGUCGUCGCGGAGAUGUGCAGAAACAUCAGGGAUCUGAAAUCGAUCCUCUACGGCAACAGCGAGGCCGAGCCUGUCCCCGAAGCUUGCCUCUCCCUGACUCAAGAGUUUUUCAGAGAAGACACGCUUCGUCCGUUGAUCAAAUCUCUCCCGAAGCUAGACCUCGAGGCUCGGAAAGACGCCACGCAGAUCGUGGCGAACCUCCAGAAGCAGCAGGUCGGGUCUCGACUCGUUGCUUCGGAGUAUCUCGAAUCGAAUCUCGACGUGAUCGAUUCCUUAGUAGAAGGAAUCGAUCGAGAUCAUGAAUUGGCGCUGCAUUACACUGGGAUGCUUAAAGAGUGCGUUCGUCAUCAGGUUGUUGCGAAGUACAUUCUCGAGUCGAAGAAUCUCGAAAAGUUCUUCGAUUACGUGCAGCUUCCUUAUUUUGACGUGGCAACAGACGCGAGCAAGAUCUUUCGAGAGCUUUUGACGAGGCACAAGUCGACUGUUUCAGAGUAUCUAGCCAAGAACUACGAGUGGUUCUUCGCGAAAUACAACACGAGGUUGCUUGAGAAAGGGAGCUAUUUUACGAAGAGGCAGGCUUCGAAGCUUUUGGGUGACGUGUUGAUGGACCGUUCGAAUUCGGGUGUGAUGGUGAAGUAUGUGAGCAGUUUGGAUAAUUUGAGGAUCAUGAUGAAUCUUAUGAGAGAGCCGACCAAGAACAUUCAGCUUGAAGCUUUCCAUGUGUUUAAGCUGUUUGUGGCGAACGAGGAGAAGCCGGAGGAUAUUGUGGCGAUUCUUGUGGCGAACCGGAUCAAGAUUCUUCGUUUGUUUGCGGAGUUGAAACCUGAGAAGGAAGAUUUAGGGUUUGAGGCUGAUAAAGUACUAGUUGUGAAUGAGAUUGCUUCACUUUCUCUUAUGGAUCUGAGAAUUGCCGAUCCGUGA